AUGACAGCUGGAACUGUUGUCAUAACCGGAGGAAUUCUCGCCACGGUGAUUCUCUUGGUUAUCAUAGCAGUGCUCUGUUACUGUAGACUCCAGGUAGGUGUGUACGUGUGUGUGUCUGUGUAUGAGAGAUCUACUUAGACUCACUACAGUCUCUAUUCACUAAUUCAUUGUCCCAAAUCACAACCUCUCUCCCUCUCUCUCCCCCCCUUUCCAUCAGUAUUACUGCUGUAAGAAGAAUGGGUCAGAAGGGGACACCGGCUCCAUCACGCAGCCCCACUUUGCCUGCAACGCAUGCAGUGCACCCGGGGUGGAUGGGGCGGCCGUCACCCCCCUCUUCACAGAGCCCCCUGCCUCCCAUGCCACAGGGCCUCCCCGCAACUACUGCCCCACCUGCUCGCCCUACGAAUCACCCUUCUACAUCCGCACCACCGACGAGAUGCGCAACGGCGGCGAGCGCAUCACCUACAUGCCCACGCACUAUGAGAACCCAGCUCUCGCCCUGCCCUCCCUGCACGGCUCCCUGCUGAGCACCGGCCAGCAUCGCAGCAACCCAGCACCGGACUUCUAUACCAACACUCGCGCUAUAAGUACAGAGGUGUGAACCACUUCAUAUGUGGUCCUGGUGGCUCAGUUGGUUGGAGCGCGCUACUUGCAACUCCGGUGUUGUGGGUUUGAUCCCUGCAUAGGCCAUUUACUGUACACAGAAUAUUUG